CUAAUCUCGGCUUUGGAUUGCCGAUUGGUCAGCUCUGGCCGCCGUCAGGUCUUCCUCGUGCUUCUUGGCGAUGGUCUCGAUCUCCUUCUCCAGCUGCUGGAUGCGUUGGGGGGCUUCGCCGUUUCUUUCAGCGGCAUUCUUGGACAGCUGUUUCUGUUGGUUCUUGAUUUCGGCCUUGAGGUUUGCCAGAGAGGCUGCCUUGUCCUCGAGCUCUGCAUCGAGCUGUUUGAUCCGAUGCUCUUUAUCCGCAUGGCUCUUGAUCCGCUCUGCAACGGGAGAAGGGACAACAUCAUGAAAAAGGGGAUCCGGCACCGAAAUGAGUGAGGCUCCCCCACCUUUGAGUUCUGCUUCUCGCGCUCUCAGCUGUUGCCAUUCGGUAUCGAGCUUCUUUCUCUCCUCCGAACCAGCCAUUCCGAGCCAUUCAACCAACGGAGUCUACGUCACACCGGCUGACGGUUGUGGACCGUUGCGGAGGCUUCAUUUGCAGGGCUGCAGCCUUGGUGCUGGUCUGUGACGAGUUCAUUACGCAGGCCAUGUGGGGAAUUCUGUGGUGUGCGGAUGCUUGGAG